AUGGCGCGCUUCGCACAACUCGCCACCGUCUUAGCGGCUGCUUCCCUGGCCAGCGCUCGCGCACCAUUCAUUAAGGAGCGCCAAGUGCCCGCCGACCCUACUGGCGUAACGACAAUAACAUCGGCCGCAGGUGCUAAGAUCACGUACAAACAACCUGGUAAAGCAGGUGUAUGUGAGACCACCGAAGGUGUCGACGACUAUGCCGGCUACAUCAGCCUUAACCCGACAACUAACAUGUUCUUUUGGUUCUUCGAGGCUCGCGAGAACCCGACUGAGAAGCCAUUGACGUUGUGGUUGAACGGAGGCCCCGGAAGUGACUCUCUCAUCGGUCUGUUUCAAGAACAUGGCCCAUGCAAUGUUACCGAGGACCUGAAGACACAGCUGAACCCCUACUCAUGGAACGAGCACAGCAACAUGCUGUACCUCUCCCAGCCCGUGGGUGUAGGAUUCUCUUACGAGACCACUGAAACAGAUGAAGAUGGUCGCUACUCGCUCGUUGACCCGGACACUGCCAACACAACCGAUGCUGCAGCCAUCGGCGCAUGGCACAUUCUCCAAGCUUUCCUAGAGCUGAGCCCACAGCUCGACCCUGAUAUCACCAACUUCACCUUCAAUCUCUGGACUGAGAGCUACGGAGGGCACUACGGUCCAGGCUUCUACAAUUACUUCUAUCAGCAGAACCAGAAGAUCAAGAACGGCUCAACCGCUGGUGUCGAAGUCCAGAUGGACACCCUUGGUAUAAUCAACGGCAUCGUUGACGAACAGAUUCAGGCACCCUACUACCCUGAAUUUGCCGUCAACAACACUUAUGGUAUCAAAGCAGUGAACGACACGGUGUACACCUUCAUGAAGAACGCCUAUUAUAUGCCUGAAGGUUGCCACGACCAGAUCGAGUACUGCAAGCAAUCUGACCGCACCACCGAAGAUGGCUACCUCACGUGCUCGUCCGCAACCAAUCUCUGUCGUUCGUUGGUUGAGGAGCCCUACUACGCCUUCGGAGGCAGAGGCGUCUACGAUAUCAGGCAUCCUUACGACGACCCCACGCCCCCGGACUACUUUGAGUCCUUCCUGAACCUGGCCUCUACUCAAGAGGCGAUCGGUGUGAACAUCAACUACACCAGCACAAACGCUCGCAACGUAUCGCGAGGUUUCCAGCAAACCGGAGACUUCGUCUUCCCCAACUUCCUUGAGGAUCUGGAAGAGAUCCUUGCCUACGGUGUCCGUGUUGCUAUGCUUUACGGUGACGCCGACUACAUCUGCAACUGGUUCGGUGGUGAAGCCGUCUCUCUAGCCGUUAACUACACUGACUCCGAGGCUUUCCGUGCUGCUGGCUAUACUCCCUUCCUUGUCGAUGGCGUUGAGUACGGUGAGGUUCGCGAGUACGGUAACUUCUCGUUCACCAGGAUCUACGAGGCUGGUCACGAGGUGCCAUACUACCAGCCUGUGGCUAGCUUGGAACACUUCAAGCGUGUGUUGGACCACGUUGUUAUUGCGGACGGUAGCCAGGUUGUCACGGAUGACUACAGCACGAACGGCACGGCAGAAGCUACCCACACUGAGUCUUUCGUUCCGCUGCCGCCUACCAGCACACCCAGUGCUGUGAGCAGGGUGAAGCGAAGCUUGGCGUAG